AUGGAAAACAACUCCGGGACAGAUACAGGCGCGACGGCAAUGAAUAUCGCCAUGGCUUCAACUAUUGUUUACGGCCUUGUGUUGCUUGCCGGGUCAUGCUUUUUCUUUAUAAGGCGUGGUAAAGGAAACUUCAGCUUACGCGGUGUUGGCGCGUCCGUUUUUUUUCUUUCGGCGUUCGCUGUCAUGCCCACGGUAUUGGCUCUGGGCAUUGCAGGGGCAUGGAUCUGCACCGCUUACGACUCACUCGGAGGGGCGGUGGCGUUUCUUGUUGUUCCAGGGAUGAUUCUCUUCUUUCUGUUAUUGGCGUGGUGUGCUGCGGCGUCACGAGACCUUGAGGAGAUGGGUGGAGCGCUUGACUUUGAUCGUUUGUAG